CAGAUUAAAUAACAAAGAUGUAACCCUAGACUUCAUUUCACAAGUUGUGAUUCUCCCAGAACUCUUUCGAUCGCUAGUCGAGUAUAUUCUCGAGCAUCUUUUAUUUUCUGUUUUGGUCCAGAAUAAUUCUUCGGCAUCUCCUUCUUGCUUUUCAAGAUUUGAUCUGUGCUGAAGGAGAGCCGUUUGUUUGGGUUCUGUGUAAUUUAACUUCUUGACGAGGAAGAAGAAGGUUCAGAGGGGAAACGAUCGACGACUACUCGCCAUGACUUCUUCCGGAAUCUCUAUCGAAGGCGCCGAAAUGUCUGAUGCCGUUCAAGAAUUAGAAAUUUGCGAUCAGGUGAAAAUAGGAAAGAAGGUAGAGAUUCAAGGAACGGGGCAUGGGAGUCAUGAUGGGGCUUGUGCAAUUUGCUUGAAUAAGAUAGCUCUUCAAGAAACUGCCUUAGUGAGAGGUUGCGAGCACGCCUAUUGUGUGACUUGCAUCCUUCGAUGGGCCUCGUACACUCAGAAACCGACUUGUCCACAAUGUAAACAUCCAUUUGAGUUCUUGAUUGUGCAUCGUUCUCUUGAUGGGGGCAUCCAUGACUACAUGUUUGAGGAGAGUGUAUGCCUGCUUUUGAGAGCUUCAUGGUAUAUACCAUUGGUUGUUGAAGACCGGGAAGAAACCUAUGAUGAUCCUGAGGAGUACUAUCCGUAUGAAGAUGAUGACGAAGAGCUUGAGGAAGAUUACCUGGGUGCAUCCUCAAGUCUUCGCAUCGGCAACCGUAGGUGGGGGGACAAUGGUUAUGUGAGGGCAGGUCGACAAGAAGCACGGCCAAUUUUUAGGCCAAGUGUUCCAGAGUUUGCUGCGGCUAGCUCAUCACGCGAGCCUACAAAGAAAGAUGCUUCUAAAGAUAAAACCGGUCGACGAGCUAAAAGAGCUUUAAAACGGGAAGCUGCCGAUAAAGCAGCAGCAGCAAAGCAUCAGGAACAUCUAGCUAGGUUGGGUCGGAAUUGAUUUUAUGUCCAAGUUCUUGUGUAGAAUAAACCUUGUGGUUUGACCCCAUGUGUACAGGUUCUAAGAUUUAAUUUUCUUUUCUAUAGUUGAUGUCCCAAUGAAAUCCUAGAUGGGGAUUAUACUUGAAAAGGUGUAAAUGAGGCCUUUGGAUUCUUUGUAUUCUUAAAACAUUGGAUUCCAUAAUCUUCAGGAAGACACAGUAGGCCUUGUAGAUAGGUCGAAGUUGAGACUAGAAGUCAUUUGGUGUGUGUAAGUGGUUAGAUAAUUACAAUAUUUGUAACAUUUUCAAUUCUUUUAAACUUCA